AUGCGCGCCAGCGUAAAGCCGAAGCCGGUCGGUGUCGACGCAGCUGAUACCAACGUCAAGGGCAUGUCGCCCCUUUGCGACCGCGCCCCUUCCGAGAAGCCACCGUUCACAAUCGCUGACCUGAAGAGAGCCAUCCCUCCCCACUGCUUCCGCCGCUCCCUCCUCCUGUCCUCUGCAUACCUCCUCCUCGACCUCGUCCUGAUCCUCCUCCUCGCUGUCGCCGCCUCCUCCCUCAUCCCCCUCCUCCCGCAGGUCGCCCGCCGCCUCGUCGCUUGGCCCUCCUACUUCUUCCUCCAGGGCUGCCUCCUCGUCGGCGUCUGGGUCGUCGCCCACGAGUGUGGCCACGGAGCCUUCAGCGAGCAUCGCCUCGUCAACGAUGCUGUCGGGUUCCUCCUCCAUGCCGCCCUCCUUGUCCCUUACUUCUCCUGGAAGUACAGCCAUCGCCGCCACCAUGCCAACACCGGCUCGCUCGAGCGCGAAGAGGUGUUGCUGCCCUGGCCCAAGGAGAAGGUCGAGUGGUACUACAAACGGUUCAACAACCCGCCCGGCCGGGUCUUCACUAUCGUUGCUGCGUUGCUCUUCGGGUGGCCGUUAUACGUGAGCAUGAAUGUAUCCGGCCGGCCGUACCACCGGUUCGCGAGCCAUUUCGACCCGUUCUGCGAGAUAUUCUCCGAUAGGGAGAGGGUCCAGGUCAUGGCCUCAGACUUGGCGGUGAUAUUGGCCACCUACGCGCUCUACGAAGUCGCCGUGGCGAAAGGAGUAUUAUGGCUAAUGUGUAUUUAUGGAGGACCGCUGCUGGUGGUCAAUGGCUUCAUCACCUUAAUCAGCUAUCUGAACCACUUCCACCCCGACAUCCCCCGCUACGAUGCGUCGGAGUGGGACUGGCUCCGGGGAUCGCUCACCGCGGUGGACCGCGACUACGGCAUCCUCAACAAGGUCUUCAACCACAUCACCGACACCCAUGUCGUCCACCACCUCUUCCCUGCCAUGCCUCACUAUUACGCGGUCGAGGCGACUCGAGCCAUCAAGCCCAUCCUCGGCUCGUACUAUCGGGUCGACUCCACCCCGAUCGUCAAAGCCCUCUGGAGGGAGGUUAGAGAGUGCCUUUACGUGGAGCAGGAGGACGGCGGCGGGGAUGGCGGGUCCAAGAAAGGCGUUUUCUGGUUCAAGAACAAGAUCUGA